CUCUUCAUACUGUAACCUUGCAUUUGCAGACUGAAGAAGAUAGCAGCUGCUGCUAUUCUAACGAUUCUGAAGAGCGCAAAGAAGCAUAUAAUACGAUGGAGGAUUCAAAAAUGGUGAAUAUUUCAUCAGUACCGUUGUCGCCAGCGCCAGCGAUCGUCGUCAGUUUUCUAAUUCUCCAAGUGACACAACUGGUACAGGCUGAUGAAGACGAUCAACUGUAUUUCAUCGGUAUAAUUCCGGUAGUUUUUGGGUGCAUCAAUUACACGCUCUUAUAUGUCGAUCUGGGAUUGCCACUGCAGCGUUUCAUGUUGUUGCAAGACUUUCCUGGAUAUAAUAUCAGGAUCUACAUUGAGACGGCCGUUGUUGUGGUGUUAUCUUAUUUGUCACUGCUUGUAGUAAACUGGAGCUACAUCUGGCUGGCUGUCUUCCCCGUCAUCGUGAUCGGCUUCAUCGUUGCGCUGUGCAAUGAACUCAAUCGUCAGAGUGGGUCGCAACAGCGGAGUGAUGAUGCUGAAGCUAGUGUGGGCAGUCGCAGUGAUCAGAAAACAGAGGGGCUUAAAGCAGUAGCACUGGUGCCGUACUGGGCACUUUGCAUACUGGGGCACCUCGACGCUGACAAAUUUGCCAUAUCCCAGUUCCUUCUCUUCUUCAGUUCUAUGCUCGGGGUACUGACGAUGAUGACGACUAAGCUGGCGGUGACCGGCGUCGCUCCCGGCCUCGCACCAGCGUCCGUGUUGCUGAGGAGGGCCUCGCUUAUAGUGCUGCUGGUGGCGGUUCACGUGGUGGCUGCGGAGCAGCUGGGCGAGGAUGUGGUGUUCUUCUUCCUGACGGAGGCCGCGCCGGUGCUCCUCUGGUUCAGCCUUCACCUUGACCGCGGCGACAACCCUACCAUUACCGCUGACAAGAUGAAACUGCACAGAAGUACGAUCGUUGGUCUCAGUGCAGCGGCAGCUGCUAUCUUGGCAAUGGCACUCCAAGCGGACUUCAUGGACGAGUCGUCUGUGCUCUCCUGGUGCACCAAGGCUUUGGUGUCUUGUGGCGUUUCAGGGCUUCUAAUCUACUAUGUUGUUUUCAUGUUAUGCCAGUGGCCAGGACAAGAUGGCAAGGCCACUCCCUCUUUGCAAGAGCCUGUCAAGCUACUCAAGUUUUGGGCGAACGCUUUGCUGACAGGGGCCGCCAUAUUUUUUGUGUUUACAUCUCUGGCUGCAGUGCGGCUAGGUCUGCAUGAACCAAUGGUCCCUGCACCGGCCAGCUAGAUUCUUCUUACACUCACGAUGGAAAUGGAUCGGAUCCUGAUUGAAUAGUCUAUGUUAUCAUCUAUAUUUUAACAUAAAUACGAAUAAAGCUAUUUAUACCCACUCUGCCUAGAGAAGCUACAUGAAAAGCCACUUGAAAGCCAUGAGCAUAAACCGGGGCUCGUUGGGAGGGAGUAAACUGGUGAAUGGCCACCUCAGCUUUUUGAUGUGUUUGCCCCUAUGGCCUUGAAAACGAGGCCGGGGAGAUAUGGCUUUAUCGCGUGACAUCUCCCAGGAUUACUGCCUCUUAGUCUGAGGCCUUCUUAAUGCGCUUGAGGGGGCUCCUUCCUUUGGAGAGUCAUUCCCCCUUUAACUAAUGUAAGACUAUAUUUUUAGUAUCUUCUAUAUGUCUCAUAUAUUAGUCUCUGUA